CUGCAUUAUCAAUUAAUAUAUCAAAAACCAGAAAUUUAGGAAAAAAUUAGGGAAAAAAAGAAAAAAGGGAAUUUUUUUUUAUGGAUAAACCUCACAGUUUACUGACCCCACCUAAUCCAUCUUUUUCUCUUUUCACUUUUUUUUGACCUUUAAUAAUUCUUUUUCCCCACCAUUCUUUUCUUCUUUAAGUUUCACGGAAUACACAAAACCCUCAAACAAUUUUUGCCCUUCAUCCUUCCCAACCACAAAAAGAACACUUUUUUUUUUGAAAAAGUUGAACUCUUUGUUCUUGCAUUCUUGUUCUAUUAGAAGAAACUGGUUCUUGGUCCAAAAGGGUAGGUGGGUUUGGUGGGAAUUUGUUUGUUGGAUGCUAUAUUCUUGAUUAGUCCUCAGAUUUUUAGGAGAACAAAAAAUGGCUUGUUCAUUGAAAACUUGUUUUUCUGUUCAUUCUUCCAUUGGGUCUCUGCAAGUUACAGAUUUGACACCUAAAAAAUUUCUGGGCAAAUCUUUGGAUGUAUCGAAUCAGAUUGGUUUUAACAAUUGGAAUGUUAAAUCUCCAAAACCCAUCUCAAUCAAUGCACAAGCAUCAAUUUGUGUAAGCAAAGCGUUAAGAUGGUGGGACAAGACCCUUAAACCCAACAUGUUAGAAAUCCAGUCAGCAAAAGAACUGGCUGAUUCGUUGUUAAAUGCUGGUGACAGACUAGUUAUAAUUGACUUUUAUUCCCCUGGUUGUGGAGGUUGCAGGACUUUACAUCCUAAGAUAUGUCAACUGGCUGAUUCAAACCCAGAUGCCAUUUUUCUCAAAGUAAACUAUGAAGAACUCAAAUCCAUGUGUCAUACUCUUCGGAUACAUGUUUUACCUUUCUUCAGGUUUUACAGAGGUGCAGAAGGCAAACUUUGUAGCUUCAGCUGUACUAAUGCAACUAUCAAGAAAUUCAAAGAUGCAUUAGGAAGGUAUGGAACUGAAAGGUGUAGUCUUGGUCCAGCAAAAGGGCUUGAUGAAUCUGAGUUGUUAGCUUUAGCUUCAAUAGGUCAAUUAUCAAGAAAUGAUGAAUUUGCAAUGGAUUAUCCAGUGAAGAAAGGAUUUGAAGAAUUUGUGCUAUCUGAUAGUAAGAAUUUGGGGCUAAAAGAAAGUGCUGAGUUUAUGAUGGCUUAAAAUGGAGAUCUGGAUAGAAGAUUAAUUGGAGUAAUUCUUUUUUUUGGUGGAGCAAAUUUGCUUUGAGAUUGUAAUUUGUAAAUAUUUAUUGUUUAAUGGGGUUUUCCUUAAAGCAGGGCUGGUUUUUUUUUUUGGAUAAGCCCUGUAUAUUUGGUCAAUCUGUUAAUUUGAUUUAAAAUAGUGAUUAUGUUGUUA